AUGGUGGGAACUGAUUCAUACACAACUAUGAUUGAUGGCCUGGGUGUUGUUGGAUGGGGAGUUGAUGGAAUAGAAGCAGAAGCUUCAAUGCUUAGCCAGCCCAUGAGCAUGGUCCUACCAGGUGUUGUUGGGUUCAAAUUAUUAGGCAAACUACGAGAUGGUGUCACAGCUACUGACUUAGUGUUGAUUGUUACACAAAUGCUAAGAAAGCAUGGGAUUGUUGGCAAGUUUGUACACUUUUAUGAAAGUCCAAUCCAAAGUAGUGGCAACCAAACUCUAUUAACUCUAAUCAAUCUUUGCCCCUGGGACCGUGAAUCUACUGAGUACAUUGGACAAUCAGCUGAUGGAGUCAAUAGGUUGGGAAUAGCAAUUCCUAACUGA